ACGAUAUUGCAAUGAAAAAGGUGCCGCAAUGGGAACUUGAACUAACAAAAAAACGAGGAAGAAGAGAGAAAGGAUAAUAUGGCGAUUUGCAGGUUGAAAUCUUUGGUUUCUCUUUCGAAAUGCAACUCUUUUUUUAUCUCUUCUCCGAUACGCACUUUCUCUUCAUCACAGGUUCCCCCUCCUCACUUGCAGAAUGUUGGAUUCAUUGGGCUUGGAAAUAUGGGAUCCCGAAUGGCAAAUAAUUUGAUCAAAGCUGGAUUCAGACUUACAGUUCACGACGCAAACUCUGAUGUUCUUGAGAUGUUCUCUCAGAUGGGAGUUCCCACGAAGAAAACACCUUAUGAAGUUUCAGAAGCCUGUGAUGUUGUAAUUACAAUGUUACCUUCUUCUGCCCAUGUGAUUGAUGUUUACACUGGACCAAAUGGUUUGCUUCAUGGUGGAAAACUCCUAAGGCCAUGGUUAUUGAUAGAUUCAUCAACUAUUGAUCCACAAACUUCAAGAAAUCUUUCUGCCACAGUGUCUAAUUAUAUUCUAAAAGAAAAGAAAGGUGAUUGGGAAAUGCCUUUCCAGUUGGAUGCUCCUGUAUCUGGAAGUGUUAUUGCAGCUGAAUCUGGGACACUUACUUUUAUGGUUGGUGGCUCUGAAGAAGCAUUUCUUGCUGCAAAACCCUUAUUCUUUUCAAUGGGUAAAAGUGCAAUAUAUUGUGGCAGACCAGGAAGUGGUUCUGUAAGUUACAUACUUAUAACUAAGGCAGCAAAAAUCUGCAAUAAUUUGGCUUUGGCUGUAAGCAUGCUGGGAAUAUCAGAAGCCCUUGCACUGGGCCAAUCUCUAGGUGUUUCUGCCAGCACCUUGACACAAAUAUUUAACUGCUCUAGUGCCCGUUGUUGGAGUAGUGAUGCUUACAACCCGGUUCCUGGACUGAUGGAAGGUGUGCCCUCUUCAAGGGAUUAUAAUGGAGGGUUUGCAUCAAAGCUUAUGGCUAAAGACUUGAACCUAGCAGUAGAAUCAGCUAAACUGGCUGGAUGUAAAUACCCACUAACAUCGCAAGCACAAAAGAUAUAUGCUGAGCUCUGCAGCAGUGGCCAUGAAGCCAAAGACUUUUCAUGUGCUUUUCGCCAUUAUUACUCUGGAGAGGACGAGCCCCUUGAUCAGUAAAUUACGACGCUGCGCUAGUUAUAUACAUAAAACUGUUGUGAUCCUAUUCCUUGAAUAAUUAUUAGCUUGUAUGGCAUGAAAGAUCAAUUGGACGUGAUGUGGUAACACUGAUACUCUUGUUUUCAAGUAGAAGUAACUUGUGAAAUGGCACGAUAAGCAAUAUUAAGUCACAAAUUUUAAACGCAAUAUAAUUUUUGUUUU